AUGAAUAUAUUUAUAUUGAUUGCAUUUAUAGCAAUUAAUGCAGAACUAGUCAGAAUACAUGAAGAAGUAAAAGAGAGUUUUGAAGGGAACAAUAGAUGGACGAUUAAAAAUGGAAUAGUGAAAAAAGAGUUUUGUAAUUCUAAAUUAGUUUUUGGAGGAUUUGGUGGUUAAACAGUUAUUAGUAAAUUAUUGAUUGUUCCAACUCAUGCUUAUAUUAAAAUAAGUGUGGAUAUUUGGAGUUUUAAUUAAUGGGGAUAAGUUAAAGCAUACUUGGAUCAUGUUGAAAUAUAAUCCGUAUAGAUCCAAUAAAGAUGUAGUGAAAAUGACUAUUACUUAAGUACUUUUACUUCUGAAUUUAUUCACAGUGGAGCAUCCAUAAUAUUAGUGAUGAGUGGGAAUGGAGAGUAAAAUGAUAAUUAAAACUAGUGGGGAUUUCGAAACUUGGAAAUUUCAAUUGAAUAAUGUCCAUAAUCUUGCUAAAUUUGUGAUUAGGGAGAUGUGGCAGAGACAUGUUAAAUUUGGAAGAGUGCUGCAAAUAGUUGGAAUGCUGCACAUACAAAUUUUAUGGGUUAAGAUGGUUGGAUAUCAAUUAAUGGGAUAAGUGGAUCCUCGAAAUGCGGAGGAGUGCCAUUAAUAGGAGGUUAUUAAAGGUUUGGAAAAAAUCAGGGAUUGAGCAAGACAAUCAGACUAUAACCUCAUUAUAAAUUACGAUUAUUAGUUCUAUGGGCUAAGAUCGACUCUUGGGAUAAUGAAAAUGGAUUAAUUCUAUUUGAUGGGAAGCAAGUUUGGAACUAAAAUUUUAAUAAUGAUAAUGGAUAUUAAGUCAAGGUUUGUGGUAAUUCUGAACCUAAAUAUCACACUCUAUUUAAAAGGAUAGAUAUUACAGUUGAUCAUUCAGGUGAUUAAGUUAAGAUAGAUUUUUGGUCUUCUUUAGAUUCAGGUUCAGAUGAUGAAUCCUUUGGUUUAAGGGAUCUUUAGUUGUUCUAUGCUCCUUGUUAGGAUUAAUGUGAAGUAUGUAAAGGUGAAUUAGGAAGUGAAUGCAUAAGAUGCUCUAAUUAUCAGUUUCAGAAUGUAAAAGGAUGCUCUGAAGCAUAGAGCUUUUAUAUAUUGGAAAGAAGCUUUUAUGCUUAAAAGUUUACAAGUUUGGAGGGAUGGAUAUUAAAGGAGACUCAGUAAAACUUAAUGAUCACUGAUUAUUAAGAUAAGACAAUUGUUGGAGGGCAAAAUAUUUUGGGAGUAGGAGCAACAGCUGAGAAGUUGUUUAUCUUACCUCCUCAUACUUAAUUGAGAUUGGAAGUCACUUUAUACAAAAUUGAUUUGUGGGAUGGAGAAAAUAUAAUAAUUGAAGUGGAUGAUUAGAAUAUUUGGGAUACCUAGAGAUUUUAAGACUCAAAUGGAUUCUUAUAUGGAACUGCUUAAUUUGGUAAUAUAAUAUACGCCAGUUCAAUUUUUAAACAUGAUAAAUCAGAAGCUCUUGUAAGGAUAAGAUCCACCUUAGAUGAAGGUGCUGAUAAUGAAUCAUGGGGAUUCAGAGAUUUUUGUUUGAUGUAUGAUGUAGCUACAGUGGUUGAAAUAUCUGAUGCCUUAGAAUAAUAUUUAAUAACUUUAGGAAUAGUAAUGAUUAUUAGUUUUAUCUGAUACGAAAUCAGUUACAUUAUUUUAUAUAAUCAA